AUGAUGCUAUCGAUGGAUGACCCGAUUGCUAAUAAGAAGUGCGAGCUGAAGCUGGAUGAAGUCUUAGCGAAACAGGCAACCAUCACCAGCCCACUGUGCACCCGACAGGACGAAAACUCUCAAAUGAAUCGAAGCAAAACGCUUCCCCAAAAGGUCCGGCUUUGUCUUCCGGCACUGCAAAUUAGCAUCAAUGAGUUUUCUACGUUUGUAGCUUCUCGCGGUCUCGACGAUGAUGUGGUUGCUUCCAUUACAGCAGAAGGCGGCCCCCGCCUUCAGGACAUCCUCACUCAGCUUCGACAACUAUUUGAGAUUGCAGAAGAGUGUAUGUGGCCCUUGAACAUUCAUGGGAACUUUCUGCUAAACGAACUGCCAGUAGCAAAUGUUCUCCACGAAAUGCGUAGUCCCAUGCAGACAGCAGGAAGCUGCAGUACUGUCACGUCGCAUCAACAUUUGGACAUGUCUCAAACAACGCAAGAAUGCAGAAAACCAUACCAAGAUUCUCCUUUCGAGUCUCGCUCCAUAGAUCUUGAGCGCGACAAAUCGCUUGAAACCCCACCUGUCCCUAGCAUCAUCCGGGGUCUGCCGCGCAGACAAGUAAACUUUUUCCCAUAUCAGAGGGAUUCAAGUCUCCCUCCGCUCGGACCUAUUCGACUUAGUGAUCUUCCUGGACCUGAUAUAACUCCACUAAUUGCUGCACCCACCAAUCUCGCUCCCGAUGAAAAACCGCCACCCCAUUGCCCUCAGCCAUUGAAUCAAUUUGCACACUGUAAAAUCUUAAUAGUAGAAGAUCACUUUAUGAACCAAAUAGUCAUAUUGAAGAUCCUUAGGAAACUAGGACUACAUAAUAACGUCGUAGCUCCACGUAGUCAGGCUGCGGUGGACAUGGUUCGAGAGUCGAUGGAUAUAUACCAACCUUUCGACUUCAUAUUCAUAGAUGAGCAAAUGCCGUUCUUCACUGGCGACGAAGCCACGCGUCUGAUUCGCGAGAGGGGGUUUCGAGGUCCAAUAUGCGCUAUGCUAGUCAAUGGGACGUUAGCACAAAAGCAGAAAGCUUUCGACGCGGGCGUUACUACGAUUAUGCAGAAGCCAUUCUAG